AUGAGACCAUCAUCUGUUAUUUUGGUUGUUUUGGCAGCCACAGUCAGUGCAACUUUUAUCUAUAAUGAAGAUUUGGCUAAGGAGGAAGCUGCUCUCUCCUUUGCUGCUUAUUGUCCUAAUUCAGCUAUAACUAAUUGGAAAUUGGGCUAUGUGAGUGGCAACUAUCCCAAUAUUUAAAAUCCUCAAGUCUUUGAAAAUAUCAUUUAAGGAACAAAAGGAUAUAUCGCUUUCAAUCCCACUUACAAUGCCAUAACAGUUGUCUUCAGAGGUUCAAGCAACAUCUAAAACUGGUUGGACAACAUUCAAUUCGACAAGGUUAAUUAUAACGAAGCCUGCAAAUGCCAAGUUCACAAGGGAUUCCUUGAAGCUUUCAAUUCCCUGGAGCCAUAACUUGACACCCUCUUUGCCAAAUACAGAAAAAUGUAUCCAAAAGCCAUCAUUCACGUAACUGGUCACUCUUUGGGAGCUGCUAUGGCUACUUUAUAUGCAACCUAAUUGGCAAUUGCUGGAAAUUCCCUUCAAUUGACUACCUUUGGAUUACCAAGAGUUGGUGACACUGCUUAUUAUAAUUACUUCUCCUCAUUUACUAAAGUGACUCAUUUUAGAGUGGUUCAUGAGAAGGAUGUCGUGCCACAUGUUCCACCAUAAAAUUUUGGAUUCAAUCACGUUGAUAGAGAGAUUUGGUAUCACAGAGCAUCAUAUACUGUAUGCUAAUUGGAUGAGGAUCCCAAUUGUUCAGACUCUGUCCUUAUUCCAUCGGUAGCUGAUCAUAGUUUUUACAUGGGAUGGAGUUCUUCGGUUGAUUGCUGAUAUUUAAACAUUAGAAUACAAUUAAUAUAAUCAAUAUAAUUAAUA